AUGCAUCCACCUUACCCUGGACCUUCUUCUCACCCAGCGCCGUGCGUAUGCCAGCACGUGGAUCUUGAAAAAGCAGUCCGAACGAGGACUGUCCCCAAAUUUGACGCUCUGUAUCAACCACAGUAUUCAGACAUCCUUUUGAGUACAGCAAAUCACCACUGGCUUACAGGUGACCGCGAAAUUGUCAACCUGGGGGGGGGGCGCAUCCAAGGUGUCAUUGCAUCGAUGUAUACGGGGAUACGCGAACCGGCCUUAGCUAGAAUAGCAGGCGAUUGCGCCGUCCCACUUCUCGGACAUGUAUAUACGCCGCAGUGCCAAAUCGAAGGGGGCCCUCGACUCAUAGGUUUGAUAAUGGAGCCUGCGGAAAAGAUUAACUUUAAAGACUACGUCACCCUUGAGGCAAAAGAAGGACUAAAGAACGAAAUGAUCAAUCUUCUAGAAAGGUUGCAUGGGGAAUACGGAAUAAUUCACGGAGAUGUCACACCAUGUAGUUUCAUGAGAUGGAAAGGAGAACUAAGGUUCGUUAAGUUUCGAGCGUCUAGACUCUUCAACGAGGGCCCGGAAAAUUUUCGUGGCGAAAGAAACGUGUCCUAUCUUUGCCCAAAUAAACUGUGCGAGGAAAGACGUCCCGGUAUCGAUUUUAAUUUCCCAACAGAUCCGAUCGAGGAUUGGUACGCACUGGCUCUAGUAGUCUACGAAAUAUAUACCGGGUGCGGGCCCCCUAAACUUGACUACAACAAUUACGACAAUAUCCAUGUCAGCCCGCGUGAAAGAAAGCUGCCUGAUCUGAAGCUGAUCGAAGACGAAACCAUCAGAAACUGGAUGGUAGAUAUUUUCCGAAAAGGCGGUUGCCUUAUAAAUACCGCAACGGCUUGA